GACGUCAAAGUUGGUUCCUAUCCAAAACACAACGUGUUGUUCUUCCCCGGUACGUAGGCUGCCAAAGUGCCUAGUUCGUGUAUUACCGCAUCCAAUUUCCCCUUUUCCAAUUAUUUUUUCACUCUUUAUUCUUCCUUCUUCGUCAUAUUAAUAAUUUUAUCCUCUCGCUCACUCUCACCCAGUUUUUUUACAUCAACGUGCACCCACCACCACGACGUGAAUACAGAACCUGGUUGGGUUUUGUGUCUGAGCCAACGAUCUAAUGGAAACCCUUAAUGUUGAACCUGAAAUCCAACAAUCUACCCCUACGCGACGUCAUCUCAACAGAUAUGCCCUCUUCUGCUCUAUUCUCGCCUCCACCAACUCCGUCCUCCUUGGUUACGAUAUCGGAGUGAUGAGUGGGGCGGUGCUUUAUAUAUCAGAAACCUUACAUCUCUCCUCAGUUCAAGUGGAGAUCCUGGUGGGUACCUUGAAUGUCUGUUCCCUUUUCGGAUCGCUCGCUUCCGGCAAGACCUCCGAUUACAUAGGCCGGCGUUAUACCAUUGUCCUGGCGGCGGCGACGUUCCUUAUAGGUGCCCUUCUCAUGGGUCUAGCACCUAACUUCGCCUUCCUCAUGGCCGGCCGCGUCGUCGCCGGAAUCGGCGUCGGUUACGCUCUCAUGAUCUCCCCUGUCUAUACCUCAGAGAUCUCUCCCGCCAUGACACGCGGCUUCCUCUCCUCACUCCCUGAGGUCUUCAUCGUCUUCGGCAUUCUCCUUGGCUACAUUUCAAACAUCUCCUUUUCUCCUCUCCCCUCACACAUCAACUGGAGGGUGAUGCUGGGCCUGGCUGCCGCACCAGCGAUCGGUAUUGGGUUCGGCGUAAUGGCGAUGCCGGAAUCGCCUCGUUGGCUCGUCAUGAAGCAAAGAUUGCCGGAGGCCAAGGAGGUGUUGCGCAGGGUAUCGGAUUCCGAAGAGGAGGCGGAGUUUCGACUCACCGAGAUCACAAAAGCUGCCGCGCAAGAAGCGGCUGCAAGGGGCGAUAAUUGGAAAGGCCAAGGAGUGUGGAAAGAGCUUCUUUGGUGUCCAACUAGACCUGUUAGACGAAUGCUGGUUGCGGCCAUUGGAAUCAAUUUCUUCAUGCAAGCUUCGGGUAACGACGCUGUUAUAUAUUACUGCCCUCAAGUGUUCAGGGCCGCUGGGAUUCACAACAAGACGAAGUUGAUGAGCAUCAACGUGAUAAUGGGUUUAUCCAAGACUGCCUUCGUCUUGCUCUCUGCGCUUUAUUUGGACCGGUUCGGCCGCCGGCCCCUUUUAUUAUUAGGCUCAGCCGGGAUGACCUUAUCUCUUGUGGUCUUAUCUGUGGGCUCAAAAUUUAUCCAUACCGAACACAGGCCGAUGUGGGCUAUGGUCAUGACCAUAGUCUCUGUAUGCACCUUUGUAUCCUUCUUUUCAAUUGGGCUAGGGCCCAUUACGUGGGUUUACUCAAGUGAGAUUUUCCCCAUGAGGCUUCGGGCCCAAGGUGCCGGCCUUGCAAUAUCGGUGAAUCGGCUGGUGAGCGGGGUGGUGUCCAUGACGUUCUUGACCAUAUCGGCCAAGAUUACUUUUGCCGGAAUGUUUGGAGUUCUGGCGGGAAUCAUGUUCGUGGGGACAUUGUUUUUCAACAGGUUUAUGCCGGAGACGAAAGGGAAGACAUUAGAGGAGAUAGGGGCUCUGUUUGAGGAUAAGGAGUAAAUUAAGGUUGAUUGGCGAUAAUUAAUGAAUAAUGAAGAAGAUAACUUUUGUAAUUCUGUUAGGGGGAAGUAGGUUAAGAAAUGAGGAUGACGUUGCUAUAAGGGAUUAAAUUAGGUGUGCGGUAUGGGUAGUGCGUACAUUAUUCCUUUCAUUUUUAUGGUUGAUUACAUUAAAUAUGUUUAAAAUAUUAAUUUAUAUCCGUAAUUAGGUUAA